AAACGUGGCCCAUUUCCUACAAACCCUAUGCCUAUACAAUAACACUCAACCAGCAGGCAGCAACCACGUCUUUCCAUUCUCCACAACAAUUUCUUUACUCUUUUACUCUGUAACUGCUUCAGCUGCUCGGUAUUAUAGUCAACUACACUUAGUAUGGCAAUGGCAACCAGAAUGACCUUUAGAUCUAUAUCUCGUAGGUUCUCGAGUGGGUCUGGGAAGAUACUCAGCGAGGAGGAAAAAGCUGCAGAAAAUGUUUACAUCAAAAAAAUUGAGCAAGAGAAAUUGGAGAAACUUGCACGCAAGGGACCCAAACCAGAGGAGAAGCCAGAUGCAGGUUCAGGGGGUAGCGUGACUGAAGCUAAGCCUAUUAGCUCUACCUCAACAACAGGGGCAUCUACCGAGAAAGUAUCAACUGAUAAGUAUCGAAACUAUGGGGUUCUCGCAGGUGUUGUGACCUUUGCUGGUGGUCUGGGAUGGUAUCUCAUGUCUAAGGAAAAGAAGCAAGAAGUCCAUGACUGAGGUUGAAUGCAUCAGAUUUUGAAAGUGGAACAUGCCGUGAACACUUUACCCCAUGCGCUGUCAUGCGGAGUAGU